AUGUCCGCCAGCAACGCCAACACCAACCAGCAGCCCGGCCUCGUCGCCAGCCACGCCGAGUACAUCAAGGGCGCCGCAGAGAGCACCAUCGGCGGCCUAACCGGCAACCAAGCCUGGAGCACCUCGGGCGAGCAGGACAAGGCGCACGCGGUCGACGCAAUGAAGGCCGCGAGCGAGAACCGCGACCCCGCUACCAGUGGGUAUGGGCGCGCCGAGGAGCUUGCGGGCAAGGUCGCUGGGUGCGAGGGCAUGGAGCGCGAGGGUGCGGCGUCCAAGGAGAAGAAGCAAUAG